UCUCUCUCUCUUUCCCUAUCUAUAUCUCUCUAUAUAAGCCACUUACCUUCAUUUACACCUCCCUUUUCUCCUUCUUCUUCUUCUUCCUUUUUCUCCUUCUGGGAACCACCCCUACUCGAAGCUCUGGAGAAGAUGAAGUACUUCACAGAAAAUAUACUGUUGGUAAUUCAGAUGAUAUUGCUGGAAUAUCCUCCGACCUCUCAACUCACUGUUUAUGGAUUUUCAGAUGAGAGUUUUCUUCCAUCUUCCCACAGCUUCUGAUCAACCCACCAUCCUCUCCUCCUCUUCUUCUUCUUCUUCUUCUUCCUGUCUUCACUGUCUCAUUUAUAUCUACAUAUAUAGAUACACCAGUUUGAUUCAGACACCGUAAUAUAUGGGUUGAUCCUCAUGCAUCACUCAAUUAUAAGUGAAGUAGAUCAAACCAGCAGCAACAACAACAUAGAUUUCUACAAAACAUCGUACCAGAUGGCGACCUACUUUCAUGGCAAUCCAGAAAUACAGGGUCCCGACGGUCUACAAACCCUCGUCCUCAUGAAUCCAACUUACGUUCAAUACUCCGACAACCCUCCGCCACCGCAGGCGCCACCGCCACCUCAACAUAGCAAUCUUUUUUUCCUCAACUCAGCCAACUCACUCUCUCCCCACGCGCCGCCCCCCCACACCCAGCAAUUCGUCGGUAUCCCCCUCCCUGCAACCGCCGCAACGACCGCCGCCGCUCCUCAAGACCCAGCUGAUAUCUCCACCUUGCAUGGUCUCCUUCCACGCCUCCACUACAACCUGUACAACCCCAUCGACCCCUCUCAGUCGGCGCGUGAUAAUCCACGCGCUCCUCAGGGAUUGUCUUUGAGCCUCUCGUCCCAGCAGCCGCCCGGUUUCAGGUCACAGGCUCAAGCGCUUUCGGCCGAGGAUAUGCGGGUCUCGGGUGGGUCGGCAUCUUCCGGGUCGGGUGUUACAAAUGGAGUCUCGGGUAUGCAGGGCGUGCUGUUGAGCUCCAAGUACUUGAAAGCUGCUCAGGAGCUUCUUGAUGAAGUUGUUAGUGUUAAUAACAAUGGAAUUAACAAUAAGGUUGAAUUAUCAAAGAAGGGAAGUGGGAGUAACAAUAGCAGUAAUGGUAGUAAGGCGAUCGGAGAAUCCUCCGUCGGUGCCGGAGAUGGGUUGGUCGGCGGUGAAGCGGGCGGGAAACGUGCCGCCGAGCUGACUACGGCCGAGAGGCAGGAAAUUCAGAUGAAGAAGGGAAAGUUAAUUAGCAUGCUUGAUGAGGUGGAACAAAGGUACAGACAGUAUCACCACCAGAUGCAAAUAGUAAUAUCUUCUUUCGAGCAAGCUGCUGGUAUCGGUUCUGCCAGGACAUACACGGCCCUCGCUCUGAAAACAAUCUCAAAGCAAUUCCGAUGCCUGAAAGAUGCCAUUACUGGUCAAAUUCGAGCUGCAAACAAGAGCUUAGGCGAAGAUGAUUGCCUUGGAGAUAAGAUUGAAGGUUCCAGGUUCAAAUUCGUUGAUCAUCAUCUUCGACAACAGCGAGCACUUCAGCAGUUGGGAAUGAUCCAGCAUAAUGCUUGGAGACCCCAGAGAGGAUUACCGGAAAGAUCAGUUUCUGUUCUUCGUGCCUGGCUGUUUGAGCACUUCCUCCACCCUUAUCCAAAAGAUUCAGACAAGCACAUGCUUGCUAAACAAACAGGGCUGACAAGGAAUCAGGUGUCUAACUGGUUCAUAAAUGCUCGAGUUCGGCUAUGGAAGCCAAUGGUUGAAGAAAUGUAUUUAGAGGAAAUCAAGGAACAAGAACAGAAUGGAUCAGAUGACAAAACAAGCAAGAGUGAACAUGAAGAUUCAGCAUCCAAAUCCAUGCGUCCUAAAGAGAAGAGUUCUGUCCCUGAAACUCAAGCCAAAGGCAGCCUAAAGUCCAAACAGGACAGCAUAGCCAACCAGAACAUUCCUUCAUCUAUGUCAAUUUCCACUGCUUCAACAUCUCCCAUGGGAGGAAAUCUGCGAAACCAGUCUGGAUUCUCGCUCAUUGGGCCAUCGGAACUGGAAGGUAUCACUCAAGGGAGUCCCAAGAAACUGAGAAGCUCUGAAAUGUUGCAGUCUCCGAGUAGCAUUCCAUCAGUAAACAUGGAUGCUAAGCAUGCUGAGGCUAACAAUGAGCAGAUUUCUAUCAAAUUUGGGGAUGAGAGGCAGAGUAGAGAUGGCUAUUCGUUCAUGGGAAGCCACAACAACUUCAUUGGAGGAUACGGACAAUACUCACUUGGAGAACUUGGAAGGUUUGAUGCAGAGCAGUUCACUCCCAGGUUUUCUGGCAAUGGUGUUUCCUUAACCCUUGGCCUUCCUCACUGUGAAAACCUUUCCUUGUCGGCAACCCACCAAACUUUUCUGCCAUCACAAAACAUUCAACUGGGAAGACGAGUGGAUCAGCUUGGCCAACCAAAUGAGUUUGGUGCCAUAAACACGUCAGCUCCUCACUCUUCAGCUGCAUAUGACAACAUCAACAUUCAGAACCGAAAGAGGUUUGCAGCUCAGUUACUCCCAGACUUCGUGGCCUGAUAAGAAAGCAUAACACCAUCAUUAUCAUCACCAUGUAGAAGUAAAGAACGACGAGCUACUUUCAUGGCUGCAAAGGUCUCUCUUCUUACUUUUUCUUGCUGUUCUCUUGAUUGUUAGGGAACAAAGAAGCUAAACAUGCAUGGUAGUGUAAAGAAAGAAGAAUUUUACUUAGUAUAGAAUCUUAUACUCUUCAUAGAACCAAUGAGUUCUUAGACAGCUUAGGAUUUAAGCAUAUAUAUGAUUGAGGAUUGUAUAUUAAUUUUUGUAAGUUUUGGAGAUGGGUAGAUGGGAUUGGUGUCAUAAGAUAAAAUUAGCUAUUUGGGUAUACCAAAAUAUAUUGAUUGUUAGUUAAUUAUAAAUGGUGUAAUUAAACUUGUGUUGUCUUCUAUGAAAUUAGUAUCAUAGUUCUAAAGUACUGAGAUA